CGAUACAAGGAUUUGCAGCAAGCAUUUUACGACUGGUAAGUAUGAGUGCUAUGUAUACUUGUAGAGAAGAUUACCGCUUUAUUUUGUAAAGCUGCCACGUCCUCAGGCCUUCGCGAGCAGCGCAGCCAUAAGUUUCGUUUUGUUUCAACUUCCUCUAGGAUCACCAUCUGACGAUCCCAAUCACCCAGACUGGGUGCCACACAUCUUUGCUCAUCGGGCUUCUUCAUCACGGCGGAGCCCUGCUGCACUGCGGCGGUAUCAUCGUGCGUCGUCACGGAUGCGACCCGAAGUGGCCGACGCGCCUGACGCGGCCGGUGCCCCCGACGCACCCGAUGCACCAAUGGAUGAGGAAGAGAUAACAGGUGUGUCGUGCGAAACAGAUUUGUCUAGCGCUGACAUUGACACUCUUCUGGAAGAAAAUAGGAGGCUGCAAAUGGAAAAUCAAGCUCUCAAAGAAGAAACAAAAACUGUGUAUGGUAACGUCGACCUCAAGAAUGACUCGGAGGUGGAGUUCUUUACAGGAUUACCAAGCAGCGGAAUGUUCUGGGCUCUGCUCCAUUACAUUCUGGAACUCUACACUCCAAACUUCAGUGCCAAGAUACCGCACUGGAGCCAACUCCUGAUGGUGUUGAUGAAGCUCCGCCUCGGCCUCCUCAACAAGGACCUAUCGUCCAGGUUUGGAAUUUCUCCUGGAACUGUAUCAAAAGUCUUCCAUGCCUGGAUUAACAUCCUCAGUGUUGAGCUGUCUCCAUGCAUUCUCUGGCCUAAAGCGGACACAGUUAGACAGCGGCUCCCAAAGCUGUGCAAGGUACCAAUCCUACGGAACCUUCGGUGCAUCAUUGAUUGCUCGGAAAUCUUCAUAGAGCGACCAUACACCUUUAAGGCAAGGACGCAAACGUUCUCGUCCUACAAACAUCAUAACAUGGUAAAGUUCUUAAUCGCCAUUUGUCCAAGUGGAGGGAUCUGUUUCAUUUCUAAAUGCUGGGGUGGGAAGGUGAGCGAUCUGGAGCUCACAAGACACUGUGGGUUUUUGGACUUCAUUCAGAGUGGGGACCUCGUGAUGGCCGAUAGGGGAUUUCCCAUUGAAGAACUUCUAGCUAUUCGUGGGGCUUCCCUGAUAGUCCCGGCCUAUACACGAGGGAAGACUCAGCUAACACGCCAAGAAGUUGAAGUGUCCCGAAGGAUCUCCAGUGUUCGGAUACAAGUCGAGAAAACCAUUGGUCAGCUGAAGAAGUUCCACCUCCUGCAGCGCAUCAUUCCUGUCUCACUUCUGAAAAAAAAGGGGGACAGGGGCAUGGCAACGAUUGACAAAAUCGUCGUUAUAUGUGCUGCCCUUGUAAAUAUGCGCAGUUCAAUUUUUGGCAAGAAGAAGGAUGGUGGUUCUUGAUCUGUUCUUCAAAAAGCAUGCAGGAUCUUACAAAUGCAAACAGCAAUAAAGAACUUUUUUAUUCACAUGAACACACAAAGAGCAGAAUGCGUAACUGACAGAAGAGAAUAUUGCAAAAGAAUUGGAACAUGCAGUGAGAAGUGAGAGUUGCUAGUUAAUGGUGGCUAAAAGGGGCCUCCAGAUUGAAAAACUGGUGCAGUGACAAUUCUUCUGUAGUAGGAAAAGAUACCUAGCACAAAAAGCUAAUAAAUGUCCUU